AUGUAUAAGUUUAAUUAUGAAAAUGAUAUUGAUUUUGCAAAUAACCAACCAAUAGAAUUUUGGGAUGAAGUUGCAAAGGAUUUAGUUCAUUGGGAUAAAAUGUAUGAAAAAGUUUAUAGUGAUGAUGAAAUAUAUCCAGAUUGGUUUAAAGGUGGUGAAUUAAAUACAUGUUAUAAUGUUUUAGAUAUUCAUAUUAAAAAUCCAGAAACAAGAGAUCAAGAUGCAUUAAUUUAUGAAUGUCCAUAUUUAAAGAAAACUGUAAAAUUAACUUAUUAUCAAUUAUAUGAAAAAGUAUGUGAAUUUUCAAGAGUACUUUUAAAUUUAAAUAUAUCAAAAAAUGAUAAUGUUUUAAUUUAUAUGUCAAAUACAUUAGAACCAUUAAUUGCAAUGUUAUCAUGUGCUCGUAUUGGUGCAACUCAUUGUGUGUUAUUCGAUGGUUAUUCAGUUAAAAGUUUAAUAGAUAGAAUUGAAACAAUUACACCAAAAUUAAUAAUUACAACAAAUUAUGGUAUUUUUAAUGAUGAAAUUAUUAAUUUCAUACCAAAUUUAAAAGAAUCAAUUGAAUUAUCAACUUUUAAACCAAGUAAUGUAAUUACUUUAUUUAGAAAUGAUAUUACAAGCGAAUCAGAUUUAAAGAAAGUAAAUGAUAUACCAACGAUACCAAAUACAUUAAGUUGGUAUGAUGAAAUUAAAAAAUUCAAAGAAAAUAAUCAAUUACCAUUUUAUGAAUAUGUACCAGUAGAAUCAAGUCAUCCAUUAUAUAUACUAUAUACAAGUGGUACAACUGGUAAUUCUAAAGGGGCUGUUAGAAGUAAUGGUCCACAUUUAGUUGGUAUUAAAUAUCAAACAUUGAUACAAAAGGGUAAAACAAAAGUAGUAUUUUAUCAUACAAGUGUUGGGUGGAUAUCAAUUCAUAAUGCUUUUAAUGGUUUAUUAUCACUUGGAUAUACAUUGGUUAUGUUUGAAGGUGGGCUUACUAAAACAAAACAUAUGGAAGAUGAUAUUUGGGAAGUUAUUGAAAGAAAUAAAGUAACUUGUGCAUCCAUAAUGGCUAAAGCAAUUAGAUACUUAAUUAAAGUUGAUCCUGAAUGUAAAAAUUUACAUUCAAAGUAUGAUUUAUCAAAUUUAAAAGAAAUAAUAGUUGGUGGAGAACCAAUUGAAGAAUCAAUUCCAAAUUAUAUUCAAGAGAAAUUAAAAGUAAAGUCAAUUCGUGUAUACGGUCAAACUGAAACUGGAGCAUGUUAUUUUUAUUGUUAUGAUUAUAAAAAUUUAAAAAUUCCUAUUAACACAAGUGGCUUUCCAUUUUCAUCUUUAAAAGCAAUGAUUUUUUCAGAUGAUGGCAAAGAAUUAGGUGUUAAUGAAAUUGGAGAGCUUGUAUUUAAAUUACCAUUACCACCAAGUUUUGCAACUACAUUUUAUAAAAAUGAUGAAAAGUUUAAACAAUUAUUUACAAAAUUCCCAGGUUACUAUAACCCUGGUGAUUUAGGAUUUAAAGAUGAAAAUAAUUGUUAUGGUGUUGUUUCAAGAUCAGAUGAUCAAAUUAAAAUCAGUGGUAAUAAAGUUCAAUUAAAUAAAAUUGAAACAUCAAUUUUAAAACAUCCAUUAGUUUUAGAAUGUUGUUCAAUAGGUAUUUAUAAUCCAGAUUGUUAUAAUGUACCAAUAGCUUUUUUAGUUUUAAAACAACAAGAAGAUCAAUCAAUUCAACAAAUUGAUUUAAAUAAAUUACAAUCUGAAAUUAAUAUAAUCAUUUCAAAAGAUAUAGAAAAUUUUGCAAUUUUAAGAAAAACUUUAAUAGUUACACAAAUACCGAAAACCAAAGCUGGUAAAAUUCAAAGACAAAUCAUUUCUAAAUAUUUAAAUGAUAUAAAUUAUGAAUUACCAGAUAAUGUUUGUGAUGUUGAAAUCUUUUAUAAAAUCAAGGAUUUAUAUAAUAAUGUUAAAUAG